UCAGUAUAUAAGCACCAGUCAGGUCUAAUUUGGGUGCUUUAUGCCCUCUCUGAGUCCAUUGACAUAGCACCUAACAAACGAAGCUUCAGAUAGUUCAGGAUUUUCAUCCUGGACAUCAGCCAUCAGUCCUUCAAUUUUUAGGUCAAUAGCCAUGGGAGGAAAACCUUUUUGUCAGCUCAGAACAGAAUUCAGUCCAUGACAACAGUUUCUCUAACAGUCCUGACCUUCUUAAACACACGUCAGCCUCUCCUGCAAUAUAAAGUUGAGCUAGAGACAGCUUAUAUUCUUCAGGUGCAGCAGCCAUCUGCAAAUAUUUGUCACAUUGUCGAAUCCAUCCCACUGGAUCCGUCCCCUCAAACCUGGGAAAAUCCACCUUAGGCCCUUUUGUGAUGGGUUUCAUGAACCGGGCUUUCAAUUCCUGUUCAUAUGUUUUCAAAUAUCUCUGUGUUGAUUGAACUGGCUACAUGCUGGAGUAUAAGCUUGUGCUGGGACUGGUUCUGGGGAGUGUGUUCAUUUCCACUUUCUGGUGCCUGCUGUGUACGCAUGCCAGGAGGUACAUAUGGUCUGGUGAUCCUGAUAGGUGGUAAAUUAUCACACUGCCUGUUGUAUGCCUUCUCCAUUUCCAGUUGUUUUCAAAGAAGAUCAGUUCUAGCAUUUUGAUGUUCUACUUGAGCCUGCUGUAGUAUAGGUGACUUGAUGUGCUCUGUUUCACCUACUACUGGUUGUUCUUCAGGUGCAUCACGAGAACAUUGGGGUUGCAUAGAUUUAAGCACUGUACUCAUAGCGGCGGGGCGCCAUCGAUUUUGUAGGGGAUUUGUAUGUGUAUUGUUCUAACAUAAUGGCAGAAAUGGGGAAUCAAAUCAUCAACACAACCUGGCUUACAUAGGGAGGGUUUAACCUUCAGAUAAGUGGUGGUAAACAUGAUUUUCUUUUUGACGGGUGCGGUAAACAGGAUUAACAACAACUGGAUGGUAAACGGUAAAAAGGAGGAUAUCGGCCGCCGAGCGACUGUAACUCGGGCAAGGAGCGAUGGCAGUCGUCUGAAGAUAUGUGACACUUGGUCAGUUACACACGGUCGAGGUCGUAGGCAGGUGUGUCAUGUGACUGGUCAGGAACGCCGCCUCAUGUGUCAUGCUGAUCUGCACCAGGCUCUCCUGGAUGGCGCGCAUGGUCGCCUCCGUCGUCGUCACAGCCGCCCCAUCACCUCCUACCAAAUCAAGCAGGGGAAAUAAAAAUGGUGGGUGUAACAACCCGUUGCCACAACAAUCGCCAGACGUGAUUAGAGAAGGAUAGAGGGUCGUGAUUAGAGAAAUAGGGGAUCAAGAGGGGGAAUAAAAAUGGCGGGUGUAACAACCCGUUGCCACAACGAUGGCCAGACGUGUGAAGGAUAAGAGAAAUAGGGGAUCGAGACGAAAGGUAGAGGGCAGGAGCAGGACAGAGGAAGAAGAUGGCUUCAGUUUUCGUUUCUGUGCGAGGCACUAGCAAAACGGGCCCGUGAUGAGCGAGGACGAGUUUCGGGAAUCCUGGCCCAUAUCAAAGUACCUUCCGUUUCCGUGAGAGGUCAGUAAUCCUACUUUACCCUUCCGCCGGCGCCGACGCAAUUUGCUCCCGCGCCGUGUUCGAUUCGAAUCGGGAAUCCAUACUCGCUCUCGCGAGAUCCAAACCCAUAUUUCUCGACCCUAGGUCUCGUCGAACCAUUGCUCAAUCGGGUGAUGUCGAUGCAGCGGGAAAGUCGUCGCCUGCAAAUCCAACCCCAUGAUGGACCAGCUGAUUCAACGCUUCACAGAAAGGACUCAACCUGCACACAAGACCAUUGUUCCCAAGGUGGUGAACCGCAAUGCCCUGGGCCACAUCUUCCAGAGAAAAUUUCUUCUGCGGUGACACAGUUAUCUCCAUCCUUAUUUGUUUUGCACUUCUAUAUAACAGAGAUUGAUGGAUAUCUGGUGUCAUAUAUUCUCCCUACUGCCAAUGCAAGAUGCUGCUCGAGCUGCCUGCGUGUCUCAUGCAUUUAAACGUUCUUGGAGAUGCUAUCCAAACCUUGCUUUCAACGCGAAAGCACUGGGCAUGGAUGAAAGAUCAUGUGGAGAGGAUGGAAAUAGUAAGCAAUUUCACCAGCAGAGUUGACAACAUUUUGAAAAAUCACUCAUGCAUUGCCAUCAAACACUCGAGAUUGUUUUCCGUUAUUAUGAUGACAAGGUAUGUAACCUUGAUGGCUGGCUUCAGACUGCUAUUACACCAGGGAUUGAAGAACUCACUGUUCAGCUAUCUACAAAGUCACGAAAGCAUUAUAACUUUCCGUGGUCACUUUUGGCUAAUGAGAAUGGAAAAUUGAUUCAGUAUCUAAAGCUUUCUUGUUGUGCUUUCUCUCCCACUGUCGGGCUGUGCUUGAAAAGUUUGUCAAGACUUGAGCUAUUUGAUGUUAAUAUUACGAGGGAUCAGAUGGGGUCCCUUCUUCACAAUUUUUUUGCUUUGCAACGGAUGCAACUCAAGAAUUGCAAUAACAUAACUUGCUUAAAGAUACCAUUUAAUCUGCAACAGCUCAAAUACCUGGAAGUGUUUCACUGCAGCAGCCUGCAGGUUAUAGAGAUAGAAGCUCCAAUCUUAUCUAAUUUUGGAUUUAUGGGUCUCCGCCAAGUACAACUAUCACUUGGAGUAGCAUUGCAAUUCAAGAAGUUUGACAUGUCCUUCCCCGGUGUUGUCAGUUAUGCAUGCACUAAUCUUUUGUCCAACUUGCAAUAUGUUGAAGCUCUUUCUCUAUGUUCACGUCGUGAGAUAAUUGAUACACCAGUGUUACCUAGCAAAUUCUUACAUCUCAAGCACUUGAGUGUUGAUCUUAAUGCAAUGACAUUUUCCCCGACCUACGACUAUUAUUCUCUAAUAUCCCUUUUUGAUGCUUCUCCUUCCUUGGAGACCCUUGUCCUGAAUGUGUUGCAGAGAAAGAUGUUGCACGAAUCAAUCGUCAGAGAUACAUCAAAUUUGAGGCAGAUACCAGGACACCGCCAUGAUAGGCUUAAGACAGUGAAGAUCAUUGGUUUCUCCUCUGCGAAGAGCGUAGUAGAGCUAACAUGCCAUGUCAUUGAGAAUACAACGUCACUUAAGUGCCUUACAUUGGACACCACAACAAGACAUCCUUGGCAUAGCUGUUUGACCAACUAUAGUGGAAAGUGCUUGCAGUUGCGCGCUGAUUUUCUGGUGGAAGUUGGUAAAGGGCUCUUGGCUAUCAGGACAUAUGUUGAGCCAAAAGUUCCCUUCGGAGUCGAGCUAAAUGUUGUGGAGCCUUGCCGCCGAUGCCAUGAUCUUGAACCGCUGUCAUGAUCUCGAACUUCAUAUGCAAGUUAUCAUAAGU